AUGAGUGAUCUGGAAUCGCUCUCUGUCAAGGAAGACAACUACAAGGGACUGGCGGUCGACGAGGUGAAACCUCUCGACCUGUCAGCAAGUUCCAUUGCUCACUAUGCCAAGACAAGAGUUACGGAUCUUCUCCCCUCGAAGGAAAUGAUGAAGGCCAACAAACACCUGUUGAACCCACUGCCUGGUCUCAGACUCAUCCCUGGAAAACAGUGGGUCAUGUUUUUGUCUGCAUUUCUAGCCUGGACCUGGGACGCGUACGAUUUUUUCUCUGUCUCGUUGAACGCUUCCAAGCUUGCUACAUACUUUGAUAAGACUGUGAAACAGAUAACGUGGGGUAUCACGCUCGUGCUCAUGCUGAGAUCCGUGGGGGGUAUCGUGUUUGGAUACCUGGGCGACAGGUACGGCAGAAAGUACCCGCUCUGCAUCAACAUCCUGCUCAUGGCAGCCAUCCAGUUCGGCACCUACGGAGUCAGCACGUACGAGCAGUUUCUCGGCGUGAGAGCCAUUUUUGGCAUUAUGCUGGGCGGAAUCUAUGGAAAUGCCGCGGCUACCGCGCUCGACGACUGCCCUUCUGAGGCCCGAGGCUUCAUUUCCGGACUUUUGCAGCAGGGCUACACGUUCGGCUACCUUCUGGCUGUUGUGUUCACCAGAGUGCUUGCAGACAACGUCAAAAUGGGGUGGAAGUCGUUGUAUUUGCUUGGUGGCUCUGUGUCUCUUUGUCUGUUCGCUUUCAGACUUUCGCUACCAGACACCAAGGCGUUUGUGCGCCAGAGAGAAAUCGAGCAGUAUAACAGAGACUGCGGUAUUCCGCAGCCAACGUUCAAGCAGAAGGCGAUAGGCGCUCUCAAGAACUACUGGGCAAUGAUUAUCUAUCUCGUGCUGCUCAUGGCCGGCUUCAACUUCAUGUCUCACGGCUCCCAGGACCUGUAUCCUACGAUGCUGACAAAGUUGUACAACUACUCGGAAGACAGGUCCACCGUGACGAAUUGCGUGGCCAACCUUGGGGCUUUCGUGGGCGGUAUUGUCGUCGGCCACUUCUCCAACUUCAUCGGCAGACGUCUCUCAAUCCUCAUCUGCUGCGUCUGCGGUGGCGCGCUGCUAUACCCAUGGGCGUACAUCAAGGGAACUGGAAUCAACGCCGGCGCAUUCUUCUUGCAGUUCUGCGUUCAGGGCGCCUGGGGUGUCAUUCCAAUCCAUCUGUCAGAGCUUGCUCCGCCAGAUUUCCGUUCGUUCGUUGUCGGUGUCGCCUACCAGCUCGGUAACCUUGCGUCCUCGGCCUCGUCGACGAUUGAGACGACAAUGGGCGAACACUUCCCAGUCGACGGCCAUGACACUUCGGAGGUGUUUGACUACGCUAAGGUGAUGGUCAUUUUCGUCGGAUCCGUGUUCGCAUACGUGUUUUUGAUCACGCUCGUCGGUCCCGAGAAGAAGAUGGCGUCGCUCACGCAUAACAUUGAGGAGGAGGAGCAGGAGGCCGGCCGCGAGAACCAGGCUUGA